AUGAGGGUCAUUGUAGGCACCAAAGUGCUCAUGUUAUUGUAUUCCUACUUUUCCUCUGCUGCAAUCUCUGAUCAAUUUUCUUCCUCCUGCCAGUUACAGGGACAGUUUCAUUUGAAUGGGAUGCACAAGGCUGGAGAUGUGGUUCUGGGUGGACUGUUUGAAAUUCACUUUUUUGCUGUCUAUCCUGAACUGUCUUUCACCUCAGAGCCACAGCAGCCUACCUGCGAUGGUUUUGAUGUUCUAGGAUUCACACAGGCCCAGACCAUGGCUUUUACUAUUGAUGAGAUCAACAGAAACUCACACCUGCUACCUAAUGUGACUCUGGGAUACAGUCUGUAUGAUAAUUGCAACCAACUAGGAAUUGGAUUCCGUGCAGCAUUGUCAUUAGCCAGUGGUCAAGAGGACCAAGUUACAUUACAUGAGCCCUGUGUAGGAACCCCUCCAGUCCUUGGGAUUGUGGGUGAUGAUUCCUCGACACGUUCUAUUGCAAUCUCCAAUGUCUUAGGUUUGUACAGAGUGCCCAUGGUGAGUCAUUAUUCCACAUGUUCCUGCCUGAGUGACCGGAAAAAGUUUCCAUCCUUCUUUAGGACGAUCCCAAGUGAUGCUUUCCAGGUGCGUGCUAUGAUUCAGAUUCUAAAACACUUUGGCUGGACUUGGGCAGGUCUGCUGAUCAGUGAUAAUGAUUACGGACUCCACGCUGCCCGAUCCUUUCAAUCUGACCUGGGUCCAUCUGGUGGAGGUUGUCUGGCCUACACAGAGAUUUUGCCCUGGACUGACAACCCAGCUGAACUAAGGAGGAUUGUGGAUGUGAUGAAGAAAUCCACAGCUCGUGUGGUCAUUGUGUUUGCACAUGAGGGUCAUAUGAUUGACCUUAUGGAAGAGGUGGUGAGGCAGAAUGUGACAGGCCUGCAGUGGAUGGCCAGUGAAGCCUGGACAGCAGCUGCUGUGCUACAGACCCCCCACCUCAUGCCGUACCUGGGUGGAACACUGGGAAUUGCCAUCCGUCGAGGAGAAAUACCAGGACUCAGGGAAUACAUGUUACAAAUACGUCCUGACCUACACCACAACAGCUAUGGAAAUAACAUGGUAAAUCAGUUUUGGGAAUAUACAUUUCAGUGUAGAAUAACACCACCUCCAGCAGGGUGGGUGGAGGCUGGAGGAGCAUUAUGCACUGGACAGGAAAAUCUAGAGAAUGUGGAGACUGAGUUUUUGGACAUUUUAAAUCUCAGGCCAGAGUACAAUGUGUAUAAGGCUGUGUAUGCUCUGGCAUAUGCUCUUGAUGAAAUGAUGCAGUGCAAACCAGGGAGAGGGCCUUUCAGUGGGCACAGCUGUGGUAAUUUGAAAAGACUGGAGCCAUGGCAGCUUGUGUAUUACUUGGAAAAGGUCAACUUCACCACGCCAUUUGGUGAUGAAGUGUCUUUUGAUGAGAAUGGUGAUGCCUUACCAAUCUAUGAUAUCAUGAACUGGCAGUGGCUCCCUGAUGGAAGAAUUAAAGUUCAGAAUGUUGGAGAGGUUAAAAAAUCAGCCUUUAAAGGUGAAGAACUCACACUUGAUGAAGAUAAAAUCUUCUGGAACUUUGAAUCCAAAGAGCCCCCCCGGACAGUGCGCCGUGAGAGCUGUCCUCCUGGUACCCGCAUGGCCAGAAAGAAGGGGGAACCUGAGUGUUGUUUUGACUGCAUCCCUUGUUCUGAGGGAAAGAUCAAUAAUAAGACUGACUCCAUGGAGUGCACAAGUUGUCCAGAGGAUUUCUGGUCCAGCCCCCAGCGUGACCACUGUGUUCCCAAGAAAAUAGAGUUCCUCUCCUACCAUGAGCCUCUGGGAAUCUGUUUGACAGCCACCUCAUUGCUGGGCACAUUUAUCUGUGCUGUUGUCCUAGGGAUCUUUACCUAUCAUCGCAAAACACCUAUAGUGCGUGCCAACAAUUCAGAACUUAGUUUCCAGUUGUUGUUCUCUCUUAAACUAUGUUUCCUGUGUUCACUGCUGUUUAUUGGUCGUCCCAGACUGUGGACAUGUCAGCUGAGACAUGCAGCAUUCGGGAUCAGCUUUGUGCUUUGUGUCUCAUGCAUCCUGGUGAAACCCAUGGUUGUUCUGGCUGUGUUCAAGGCCUCUAAGCCAGGAGGUGGAGCCAGUCUGAAGUGGUUUGGUGCUGUGCAGCAGAGAGGGACAGUUCUGGUUCUUACUUCUGUUCAAGCAGCAAUCUGUGUUGCCUGGCUUGUCUCUUCCUCACCAGCACCUUAUAAAAACACCCAAUACCAUAAUGACAAGAUAGUUUAUGAGUGUGUAGUUGGCUCCACAAUUGGUUUUGCAGUGUUACUUGGUUAUAUAGGAUUACUGGCUAUCCUCAGCUUCCUGUUAGCUUUUCUGGCAAGGAAUCUUCCAGACAACUUCAAUGAGGCCAAACUCAUCACUUUCAGCAUGCUGAUCUUCUGUGCUGUGUGGGUGGCCUUUGUCCCUGCUUAUAUCAGCUCACCAGGUAAAUAUGCAGAUGCAGUGGAGGUAUUUGCCAUCCUUGCCUCCAGUUUUGGCCUCUUGGUGGCGCUGUUUGGACCCAAAUGUUACAUAAUCCUCCUGAGACCAGAGAGAAACACAAAGAAAGCUAUUAUGGGUCGAGGAAACACAAAGUCAUAA